AUGUGCGCAUUACUGGCGGCAUUGAAGUGGAACAGCACAAGUGGAACGGGACUCCAGAUCAACCGCUUGCUCCAGAUGCUGCACAGUAACCAAGCGGAUUUAUGCGUCGGUGGCAUCCGCCAGACGGUGGAGCGCAGCACAUUGGGGACAUCGACGCACAACUAUCUGCAGACAAGCGUCCGCUUUGGCGUCUUGGGCACCAGCUACGAGCUGACCUCGCUGGACAUUCUAUUCUUUCCAUUUCGGACAUCAAUUUGGCUGGCGAUUGGCGUUGUUUUCGCCCUUUCGUUCCUGAUGCAGCUGACAAUGGAUCGACUAUUACCGCUCAGGCAUCAGGGCUGCCUUGUGCUCAAUGUGCUCCUGGUCUUCGUGGGCAUGCCUAUGGCAGCUUUUCCGCGCUCGAUCGCGAAACGAGUGCACUGCAUCAUGUUAAUUCUCUACACGUUGCUCAUACGCACCAUGUACCAGGGCAUGCUUUACCAUUUGAUACGCACCCGCAUGCUGAACCGGCUGCCCCAGUCCCUCGAUGAGGUCGUGGCUCACAACUAUGAAGUUGUGCUAUCGAGUGGAAUCAGUGAUGUGCUCGCUGAAAUACCCGCCAUACAGCAGAUGCGAUUCCAUGUGGCCGACGGCGACGGAUCCCUAAUGCAUCCUCUGUAUUACUUGGCGCACAAUCCGCGGGGUCAGAGGCAGGUGGUAGCCGCUACGCUGGAGACCUUUCUGUUGUACAAUCAGUUGAGUGUCAAAACCGGAAUGGAACAAGGGAUACAUCAGUUCGAGAUCAUGAGUCAGGAUGUGAUAUAUAUGCAGAUGACGAUGUACCUAAGGAAACAUUCAUUUCUAAUCGACGCCUUCAACGAGCACAUUAUGUGGAUGCGCUCCGGGGGACUGCUGGCAGUCUGGGAGCGCUGGGAGCUGGACGAAGUCUAUUUGCGAGACGUGCGUACGACCACCUAUAGAAUAUUCGGAAUCCACGAGCUCUAUAUCAUAUUUGUGCUAAUGCUAAUUGGAUUAAUGCUUAGCACGCUUCUUUUUUGCCUAGAGCGGAUCUCAUUACGCUUCCCACGAUUUCAGCGUUGGUUCCUAACAGAAUAA